AUGCGAGCCCUAACUACCACAGUAUUAUUUAUCUUCGUCACCGUACUUUAUUUCACCGCUGCAGCUCCAACAAACUCAAAUCUACAAACUGGACGGACUAUACCAACCAACGAUGCAGAAGGAAAACCGUAUAUAGAAGAGGUGGUGGUGGAGUCCGUGCUCCAAGUUCGUUCUCCAAGCAAAUUUAAUCGUCAAUACCGGACCAAUACACACAGCAGCUUGCAAGAUGGCGCCAGAGUGGAAGCAAGACAAUAUCACUAA